AGAGUUAAAAAGGUUCCAAUUUCUGUGCAAUGCAACUUUGCUGAUAAAGAAGCUUCGGCCUUGAGAGCAGCAACCUUCAUGACAACAUGUUGGUUUUCCCACCACAACUAACCAACCCAUUCCCUUCCCUCCACGUCACCCACUUAUCCACCCACCGCUACCACCACCACCACCACCAUGCCCUCCCGCCGCCGCACUCCGCCGCGAACUCCAUAACAUUUUCCCCCGCGAAACCAGUAAUCGUAGAAGAAGGCCCCGACGACGUCCUCUCCUUCCACAACCGCCGCUACGACUUCAAUCCCCUCCUCCACUUCCUCUCCGACUCGGACCCCAACUCGGACUCCGACUCGGACUCCGACUCGGCACCUCCAACGUCCCUUGACUCAACCGAGUUCCAACUCGCCGAGUCCUACCGCGCAGUCCCUGCACCACUCUGGCACGCGCUCCUCAAAUCCCUCUGCGCUUCCCCGUCCUCCAUCAACCUCGCAUACGGCGUCGUUUCAUGGCUGCAGAAACACAACCUCUGCUUCUCCUACGAGCUCCUCUACUCCAUCCUAAUCAACGCCCUUGGCCGCACCGAAAAACUCUACGAAGCCUUCUUACUCUCCCAACGCCAAACUCUCACUCCCCUCACCUACAACGCCCUCAUCGGCGCGUGCGCGCGAAACGGUGACAUCGAGAAGGCCCUCAACCUGAUGUCCAAAAUGCGGCGCGACGGUUACCAACCGGACUUCGUGAACUACAGCUCCAUCAUUCAGUACCUUACGCGCUCCAACCGCGUGGAUUCUCCCUUUCUGCAGAAGCUCUACUCGGAGAUUGAGAGCGACAAAAUCGAAAUGGACGGUCACCUGAUGAACGACAUCAUUUUAGGGUUCUCGAAAGCGGGUGAUCCAACGCGCGCCUUGCGUUUUCUGGCCAUGGCUCAGAGCAACGGAUUGAACCCUAAACCCUCGACUCUUGCUGCGGUUAUCUUGGCGCUUGGGAAUUCGGGAAGGACGCAAGAAGCUGAAGCGUUGUUUGAGGAGAUUAGAGAGAACGGGUUGGAACCAAGAACUAGAGCUUACAAUGCUUUGCUUAAAGGUUACGUGAAAACGGGUUCCCUUAAGGAUGCAGAGUUUGUGGUCUCUGAAAUGGAGAAAGCCGGGGUUAUGCCUGAUGAGCAAACAUAUAGUUUGUUGGUUGACGCUUAUGCACAAGCUGGGAGGUGGGAGAGUGCGAGGAUUGUGUUGAAGGAGAUGGAAGCCAGCAAUGUGCAGCCCAAUUCGUUUGUUUAUAGUAGAAUUUUGGCGGGUUAUCGCGACAAAGGGCAGUGGCAGAAAUCUUUUCAAGUUCUGAAGGAUAUGAAGAGCUGUGGUGUGAAGCCUGAUAGGCAUUUUUACAAUGUGAUGAUUGAUACGUUUGGGAAGUAUAACUGUCUUGAUCAUGCAAUGGCAACGUUUGAGAGGAUGUUGCUGGAGGGGAUUCAGCCGGAUACCGUUACUUGGAACACGUUGAUCGAUUGUCAUUGUAAGUCCGGGCGCCAUGAUAAGGCUGAGGAAUUGUUCCAGGAAAUGCAGCGGAGGGGAUUCUCGCCUUGCAUAACUACUUAUAAUAUUAUGAUUAACUGUAUGGGGGAGCAGCAGAGGUGGGAGCAAGUGAGUGAGUUUUUGAGCAAGAUGCAGUGUCAGGGAUUGCUACCCAAUUCAAUAACUUAUACAACUCUGGUUGAUGUGUAUGGAAAGUCGGGGAGAUUUAGUGAUGCGAUCGAGUGCUUGGAGGUCUUGAAAUCCACGGGGUUCAAGCCUACUUCAGCCAUGUAUAAUGCUCUAAUCAAUGCCUAUGCACAAAAGGGUUUGUCUGAACUAGCAGUAAACUCAUUCAGGUUGAUGACAACUGAGGGUCUGACACCCAGUCUUUUAGCUCUCAAUUCAUUAAUUAAUGCAUUCGGUGAAGAUAGAAGGGAUGCUGAAGCCUUUGCUGUGCUGCAAUACAUGAAAGAAAACAACAUUGAACCUGAUGUGGUUACGUAUACCACGCUUAUGAAAGCUCUGAUUCGUUGUGAAAAGUUCCAAAAGGUCCCAGGCGUAUAUGAAGAAAUGGUCACAUCUGGCUGCGCUCCUGAUAGAAAAGCUAGAGCAAUGCUGCGGUCUGCACUUAGAUAUAUGAAGCAGACACUGAAAUCAUAGUUAAAUUAUCAAGCACAUUCUUUCAUAAAGACUAAACAAAAUCAGAUUUCCUCACCUUGGUUAUAAUUCUGAAGGUUAAUGUAACAAUAAUCACGAGUCCUGUUCUAGACUAGCAUUAGCUCUUCACAGCAGGUGUGAUUGGGCAGUAUCAUUGUGAAUAUGUACGCUCCAAUAGUGCCUGAAAGAGAAAUGAAGUUCGGAAAUCACAUGGUGGAACGCAUAAGAAAUUAAUGGCUUGGGUAAUGCUGUACGAAUGUAUAUCAAUCUUUGGGAUUUAUGUAUCAUACGUUGAUGUAAGUAACAAGUUAUAUGUUAAAAUGCAUAUUUUGUUUAUAAAUGUGAGUUCGUGUAA